AGCUCCAAAAAUGCCGCCAAACCCCAGAAAACGUCCGGCGUGCCGAUUCUGCUUCGCCCAGUCCACCACAAUCUGGAUGGUCAAGCAAAAAACCGAACGUCUAAUUCUCCUAGUUAUGGGUGUGAUCCUAAACAUGACUGUGAUCAAUCAGGCAGUGAUGCUUAUGGACAACGAGAACGCUUUCUACUGUCCGGUGCACUUUUUCUACGCGGCAAAGGUGCUGGACAAGAUCAUGAAGGUUCGGUCGGAUGGUACAGUGUCGUCUGUCGGGCUGAGCAUUUUGCAAGUGUUGGCCAACAAGGUUCUUGUGGAUUUUGUCGAGAAGCGGUCGUUGUAUUGGUCGCUGAGAAGAUUCAUGGCGUUGUACUCUGAAAGUUCGGAGCUGGAGUUCAACAAGACUGGCAAGCUGACGCGUGGGAGUUACCAACCAUUUACGCUCGGCGAUGUAUCAAUCCACUACUGCAUCGAAUGUCUCAGCCCAAAACCAUUUGGCGAAAUCCACUUCCUACGCGAUCGCCUCCAUAAGGUGGCCUUCGCAAUCUACGCAGGCCCCUGCCUGCAGAAAAUGCUUUCUGUGGAGCAGGCACACGCCGUUGUCGCCCUGCCGGAGAUCCCUGUGUGCUCGUGCCAUCUGUUCAAAAUGGCAUGUGUGCUGGACACUCUUGUGCCGAGGCUUCAUCGAGUUCAGGAACGGAAAGAGUUCACCGAGUGCAUGAUGAACUGCUUUGGGAAGGGAUGGAUGUCGUCGCUGAAGGCGGUCUACGCGUUCAGGGAUAAGUAUAUUGAGGAGAAGCCUAACACCCACACUUGCAAGUUCUGCGGGCAAACCGAUGGGAACGUGAAGGACGACCGCCAGCUGAAUAUCUCGGCACACCAUGCCUGCUUCAAGAACCGGGUCUGCGACGUGCUCUGGCAACUCCGUUACGUCAAAAAAAGCACCAACGCCGCCGUCGAGGUCCAUGUUCCGAUGCCCGGCGAAUUCGAGUUCUGGACCAACGGGAUGUUGGACAGACUGCUCAUCGAGAUAAACCGCUACUUCCCGCAACAGGGGCAGCUGAGCAAAACCGAGCAGAGAGUGAAUUGUAUUGUGAUGUUCGCGAGGUAUUAUUCGGAGAAUGAUGUUUGGGUGACAGAGACGAGGGAGGCCGAAGCUAGGCGAUUGGAGGUGGAUACCAGCCUGCUGAGCAGUCGAUAUGUCAAGUUUGAAGGGAUGGAGGAUCUGGUGCGUGGGUGCAAGUUUGGCGCGGAUGAGAGCAUUUAUGUGAAGAAGCAGGCUCCAUCUCAGUUUUGUUGAGCAGACUACUUGUGCUGCUUCCCAGAAUUUUUGCGCAUUUUUGUUUUUUUUUCUUCAAUUUUUUUGCUCAAAUAAAUUUUU